AUGACAACGUUAAUGUCAAGUUUGGCUGUUCAAUGGCUCCUUCCCGACAACUCGGCCAAUGACAGUUUUACAUUGCAAAGACGCACCGACGACUCGCCUAAGACCGUGGCUGCGAACUCGCCUAACUCCGCGGCUGGCUCUUGGAUCAUCGAUCCGUUACCUCCCCUCCAGCGCCGUGGUUUAAUUGCUAUUGCAGUAUUAGCUUCCAUUUCCCUCGUUUCUACAUUUUCUCUUUUGUGCUUUUUUACCUAUCGUUUCAUUUUCUGGAAGAAGUACUACAGGCGAUAUAUCGGAUACAACCAGUAUGUUGUGUUGAUGUAUAAUCUGGCCCUGGCCGAUUUUAUUCAAUCCAUCGCUUUCAUUGUCAGUAUUCGGUGGAUCACUGGCAACUCCAUUCAUGCGGAGGAUCCAGCAUGUUUUUUACAGGGUAUCUGGCUCCAGAUUGGCGACCCCAUGAGUGGAAUGUUUGUUCUGGCAAUUGCAUUACACACGUUUAUGCAUGUUAGCUUGGGACGUCAAAUAAGUCACCGUGUAUUUGUUUCGGUUGUUGUUGGUCUCUGGGUUUUUGGUGUGAUCUUGGUCGUGAUCCCCAUAGGAAUCCACGGUCGAUAUGUGUGGAUGCCGUCCGUGGCAUGGUGCUGGAUGACAACGGAGCACCCAACCCUUCGACUCUUUACGCAUUACUUCUGGAUCUUCUUUGUUCAAUUUUUGAGUGUCCUACUCUACGCGAUUAUGUUUGUUCAGCUUCGACGCAAAAUUGCUCAAUCUAAGAUUCUGGGAGCAAGUUAUACGGAAAGCUUAAAGCGUCUCAACCGCGUUGUGUCUUACAUGGUACUCUACCCCAUUGUAUACAUCACAUUGACUUUACCGUUGUCUGCUGGUCGAAUGGCAUCCGUCAGCGGUAAAUCACCAAGUGUGACCUAUUUCUGCGUUGCCGGUGCACUUAUGACUCUGUCUGGGUUUUGUGACGUGCUCCAGUACACUCUGACACGGAAAAGUGUUGUAUUGGAGUCGGAGACCAGAUCAAAGGAUGUCUCUCGUGACAAGAAAUACCAAGGCUAUGGUAACAUUUAUUCUAAUAAAUCCGACGCCGAUGACAAGGGCCCAUACACCACUGUCUGUGCUGCGAGGGGUGGCAAUAGCUCCACCGAAGCAAUUGUUCACCAGCAAGAUGUCGAACUCACCACUGUCGACCAGGUGUACCAACAGACAACAAUCACGGUGACUCAUGAGCCGGCUUAUUAG